AAUGAGUCGGCGACAUAACUAAAGUUAUAGAAUCUGAAUCAGGUCUUGUCGCUUUUCGUCUCUCUCUGUCUCUUCGUGUUCUCUUUCUCUCUGUCGCUUCUAAACAUUCAGAUCGCUAGCUAGCUAGCUCUGGUCAUGCGCAUCUAAUUUGCUGCUGUAUUCCUUCUUUUUCCCAGAGCUGAGUUUAACAAAAAUGAACAAAAGUCCACGCAUCGAUAUCCCUUCAUCGUCUUCUCCAGCUUCAGCUUCUUCUGCAGAUGGUGAGUUCAAUGAAGACGACAUCUUCUCGAUAGACGUAACUCACACUCCUCCGUCUUCUUCUCCUUCUCAACACCCGCCUGCUCGCCAGCUUCAACGGAGCAAAAGCGGUUUGAAAAACGUGGAAGCUUCUGGUAUCCUCGCUGCUCUUCCCGAGCCUUCUGGUAACAGCUACCUCAACCACGUCUUUCACCAUAAGCCUGCAGCUUCUUCCUCGCCUUCUUCGUCUUCGGCUCGAACCAUUCCCUCAGCUCCUAAACCGCCUCAAGAGAGGCUUCCGUAUACAGCUUCUUUUAUAGGUGGAGGGAAGUUUCCUCAGUCAGCUCCGGUUCAAGUGCCGUUAGCAUCUUCGGCGAUGAUGAAUCGUCAUAAGAAAGAGUUCAAGCUGACUGAUGUGGUGGAUGAGGAUGAGGAGGAGGAGGAAGAAGGUGAAAUGCUUCCUCCACAUGAGAUUGUAGCUCGGUCUUUGGCGCAGUCUUCUUUACUGUCUUGCUCGGUGCUUGAAGGAGCUGGAAGAACACUUAAAGGGAGAGAUCUCAGACAGGUAAGGAAUGCUGUUUUCAGAAGAACCGGUUUCAUAGAUUGAGUUUUUGUUUUUUCACCUUAAGACCAUUCUUUAAUUUGUUAUCCAAUUGGGACCUGUCUUAUUUGGUCACAGAAACUUUCCAAUGUAUGUUUAUAUAUGUUGUGUCUACUUCAUAUCAAAGACUGAUGUGAUAACUCAUGUGUUUAUAUAAUUGUUUUAUGCUUCA